AUGACCCCAAAGUUUCCCAAACGACGCAGGUCAGCGAGUCCCCCCAAGGGAUCGGAAGCAGGAGAUGAAACACCUGCAGGACCUCCAGCACAGACCGGGUUUCAAUAUAACCGGCCCUAUGUAUUCCCUAACUUGGAUAUCCAGAUCAUCCGAGCAGAUGCACCCUCACAGCCUUUGGCAAUCAGAUUGGCUGACUUUCUCCUUAACCAGACCAACCCCAUGGACAUCAGUGAGAAUGGAGACUGGGUCGAUUUUGGUAAGGCUAACCUGGGCAAGCUUAAGCAGGUUCUGAUGGACGAAAACUACCUCUUUGACAAAGAGACGAUCUGGAUGUCUCCAACCCCACUGGACCAGCUGAAUCCAUUGACCUUAAAUCAAGCACAGGCUGGCGAAGCAAGACUGAUCAACAUCAAUCUGAUAUCCGUAGUCCAACGACUCAUCCAGCAAAACUACCCUAUACUACGCAGACCAUCCCCCGAACCCGAGAACAGCCAACGUAGGCGAUCCCCUCUCGCGCGACCAAACUUGACCAUCAUCAUCAGGUCCGGUGAAACAACAGGUGGAGCAAUGGCCGCGUCCCAACCAGCCCUAGCCCGUCCCACUGAGCGAAUUGGUACUCAAACGCAAUCAGCAGAGCCAAGCAGGGAGACUUCAAAUAUAUCAAAGCGGGUCAGGAGCCCAGAGGCCGAAGAGUCGUCUCCUCCAAAGAAACGCCGAAGACGAGAACCAGCCGCGUCGAGGAUCCCUGUGAGUCCAGCUGCCGACCCAGCCGCCAGCCAAGGCCCUUUUGAGCUGGUAGACGACCCAUCCAUGUUUGACCCAGAGCUCUACCCAUCCCUCUCCGAUCCAGCGUUCCUUGACCCAACACUCUACCCAGCCAAUCCAGCAGUCGAUCCAGCAGUCGAUCCAGCAGUCGACCCAUCAUUGUUUGACCCAACACUCUACCCCUACCCAGUCGACCCAGCACUCAGUCAAGGCCUUGACCCAGCCGAUAAUGAGCUUUUCGUAGCCCUUAACCAACCCGCAGAGCCAGGUACAGAACAAGGCUGGGACAGUGAGAUGGAUACAGGUGAGUGA